CUUUAGGCGGUUUCCUAGAAACAUGAUUGCUUGCUGGUCUUGAUCUCACAGCUUUGUGAAGACUUCUUCCCUGAUAAUGUCAAGUUCAGGCUACCCUCCUAACCAAGGAGCAUUCAGCACAGAACAGAGUCGUUAUCCUACUCACUCUGUCCAGUACACCUUCCCUAGCACCCGACACCAGCAGGAAUUUGCAGUUCCUGAUUACCGUUCGUCUCACCUGGAAGUCAGUCAGGCAACCCAGCUCUUGCAGCAGCAGCAGCAACAGCAACAGCAACUUCGGCGCAGGCCUUCCUUGCUUUCUGAAUUUCACCCAGGCUCUGACAGGCCUCAGGAAAGGAGAACUGGAUAUGAACAGCAAUUUCAUCCAGGUCCAUCUCAGACAGAUCAUGAUUCACUGGAAUCUAAGCGACCACGUCUUGAACAAGUGUCUGAUUCCCAUUUUCAGCGUGUCAGUGCAGCUACUGUCUUGCCUUUAGUACAUCCUCUGCAGGAAGGCUUGAGAUCUGCAGAUAUUAAGAAGGACCCAGCUUUUGGAGGAAAGCAUGAGGGACCAUCUUCUCCAAUUUCUGGUCAGCCUUGUGGGGAGGACCAAAAUGCUUCACCUUCAAAGCUGUCAAAGGAAGAAUUGAUACAGAGCAUGGACCGUGUAGAUCGCGAAAUUGCGAAAGUUGAACAGCAAAUCCUUAAACUGAAGAAAAAGCAACAACAACUUGAAGAAGAAGCUGCUAAGCCUCCAGAGCCAGAGAGGCCUGUCUCCCCUCCUCCAGUGGAACAGAAACACCGCAGUAUUGUCCAAAUUAUUUAUGAUGAAAAUCGGAAAAAAGCAGAAGAAGCUCACAAGAUUUUUGAAGGUCUUGGUCCAAAAGUUGAACUGCCACUUUACAACCAGCCGUCAGACACAAAGGUCUACCAUGAAAACAUCAAAACAAACCAGGUGAUGAGGAAAAAGCUAAUACUAUUCUUCAAAAGAAGAAAUCAUGCAAGAAAACAACGGGAACAGAAAAUCUGUCAACGUUACGAUCAGCUGAUGGAGGCAUGGGAGAAAAAGGUUGACAGGAUAGAAAAUAAUCCGCGCAGGAAAGCGAAGGAGAGCAAAACAAGAGAGUACUAUGAAAAACAAUUUCCAGAAAUCCGGAAGCAAAGAGAACAGCAAGAACGAUUCCAAAGAGUUGGUCAAAGAGGGGCUGGACUUUCAGCAACUAUUGCUAGAAGUGAACAUGAGAUUUCUGAAAUCAUUGAUGGACUCUCUGAGCAGGAGAAUAAUGAAAAACAAAUGCGUCAGCUCUCUGUCAUUCCUCCCAUGAUGUUUGAUGCAGAACAAAGACGAGUGAAGUUUAUUAAUAUGAAUGGUCUGAUGGAGGAUCCCAUGAAAGUUUAUAAAGACAGACAGUUCAUGAAUGUCUGGACCGACCAUGAGAAAGAGAUAUUUAAGGAAAAGUUUGUCCAACAUCCCAAGAACUUUGGUCUAAUUGCUUCCUACCUGGAACGAAAGAAUGUUCCCGACUGUGUAUUAUAUUAUUAUUUGACCAAGAAAAAUGAAAAUUAUAAAGCCCUUGUGCGAAGGAAUUAUGGUAAACGCAGAGGAAGAAACCAGCAACAAAUUGCUCGUCCUUCUCAAGAAGAAAAGGUAGAAGAAAAAGUAGAAGAGGAAAAAGCAGAAAAAGCAGAGAAAAAAGAGGAGGAAAAGAAAGAUGAGGAGGAAAAGGAUGAGAAGGAGGAAUCUAAAGAAAAUACCAAAGAAAAGGACAAAACUGAAGUUGCACCAGAGGAAACGGAGGAGAGGGAGCAGGCCACUCCUAGGGGCCGAAAAACUGCCAAUAGUCAAGGUCGUCGUAAGGGCAGAAUCACCAGAUCAAUGACAAAUGAAGCUGCACAAGCAAAUGCUGCUGCAGCUGCAGCCACUGAAGAACCGCCACCGCCUCUUCCACCCCCACCAGAACCUUCUUCUGCAGAGCCUGUGGAGACAUCCCGCUGGACAGAAGAAGAAAUGGAAGUUGCCAAGAAAGGCCUAGUGGAACAUGGACGAAACUGGGCAGCAAUUGCCAAAAUGGUUGGGACAAAAAGUGAAGCUCAGUGUAAGAACUUCUACUUCAACUAUAAAAGACGACACAAUCUGGACAGCCUCCUCCAACAGCACAAACAGAAGUCUUCACGAAGGCCCCGUGAGGAGCGAGAUGUAUCCCAGUGUGAGAGUGUAGCCUCGACUGUGUCAGCUCAGGAGGAUGAAGACAUUGAAGCAUCCAAUGAAGAAGAGAAUCCAGAAGACAGUGAAGCAGAACCCGCUAAACCAAGCGAAGAAACUCCAUCUGAGAGUGCUGCUUCGAAAGUAACCACUGAGGCAACAGCAGAACAAGAAUCUACCAUUAAACCUGCAACCAGCACAUCUCCCUCCUUAACAACCCAGAGUGUAUCAACAGCUGAAACUCAGAACCCUGAGCCACAGGUUAAGGAAGAAAUAAGUAAUGAGGCAGAAGAGCCUAUGGAGGUUGACAGUAGAAGCCAUCCAGUUGAAGCUAAGCCUGUGAUUACUCUUCCAGUGCAUACCAAAGUAGAACCUGUAGAGACUGAAUUGAGGCUACCGGAGAAUAUUCAAGUGAAAAUAGAGAGUGAUACCAAAGAGAGAGAGAUGGAGAAACCCAAGGAAAAGUCAGAACCGGAGGAAAUGGACUAUAGUCUGUCACAGCAAGUUAAUACAGCAAGACAAGAAUCCCAUUCGGAUAAUGAUUCGAGUGCCACCUGUAGUGCUGACGAGGAAGUUGAUGGAGAACCUGACAGACAAGGUAUCUUCAGCAGGGAGUCAAAGCCCUCACUGUUAAAUCCCACUGGGUCAAUACUGGUAUCGUCCACGAUAAAGCAAGGGCAGAUGGACCUGCAACAGCUUCACCACCGAGCUGCUGUCAUACCACCUAUGGUUUCUUGCAGUCCCUGUACGGUUCCCGUUGGAACACCAGUGAGUGGUUAUGCGCUGUAUCAACGGCACAUUAAAGCAAUGCAUGAGUCAGCGCUGCUGGAGGAGCAACGCCAGAGGCAAGAGCAGCUGGAUAUGGAGUAUCGAAGUGCUGUAAGCCCUUGUGGCACUUCCAAGAGCCCUAAUGUUGAGUGGGAAGUUCUCCAGCCAGCACCUCACCAGGUAAUAACCAAUAUACCUGAAGGAGUCCGCCUUCCAACAACCAGACCUACCAGACCACCACCACCACUCAUUCCAUCCUCCAAAACAAGUGUACCAUCAGAAAAACCUUCCUUCAUCAUGGGAGGCUCAAUCUCACAAGGAACACCUGGCACUUACUUAACAUCCCAUAGUCAAGCUUCCUACACCCAAGAAACUGCAAAGCCAUCAGUGGGUUCUAUAUCUCUUGGGCUGCCAAGGCAGCAGGAGUCAGCCAAGUCUGCUUCCCUGCCCUAUAUCAAACAAGAAGAAUUCUCUCCCAGAAGCCAGAAUUCCCAGCCUGAGGGACUUCUGGUCAGGGCACAACAUGAAAGUGUGGUUCGAGGUACCACAACGAUACAGGAGGGAAGUAUAACUCGAGGAACUCCAACCAAUAAAGUUUCUGUUGAGACCAUUCCUUCUUUGAGAGGCUCCAUAACUCAGGGUACACCAGCUCUGUCCCAGUCUGGCAUAGCAGCUGAUGCGUUAUUGAAGGGAACUAUCACCCGGCUCGCUACGGAAGACAGCAGCCCAGAAAAGUGCCGAGAGGAGGCUUCAGCCAAAGGCCAUGUUAUUUAUGAAGGCAAAAGUGGGCAUAUUUUAUCUUAUGAUACUAUUAAAAAUGUUCGUGAAGGAACAAGGAGUCCAAGAACUGCUCAUGAAAUUGGUUUAAAGAGAAGCUAUGAUACAAUGGAAGGAAAUAUAAAGCAAGGAAUGUCAAUGCGGGAGUCUCCAGUAUCUGCACCACUGGAAGGUUUAAUAUGCCGUGCACUGCCUAGGGGUAGCCCACAUGCAGAACUGAAAGAGAGGACAGUGUUGUCUGGCUCUAUAAUGCAAGGCACACCAAGAGCAACAGCUGAAAGUUUUGAAGAAGGCUUGAAAUACCCUAAACAGAUUAAGAGAGAGUCACCUCCCAUAAGGACAUUUGAAGGAGCCAUUACUAAGGGGAAACCAUAUGACGGAGUCACUACUAUAAAAGAGAUGGGUCGUUCCAUCCAUGAGAUCCCAAGACAGGACCUAUUAAGCCAGGAGAGUCGCAAGACUCCUGAAAUGGUGCAGACGACCAGGCCAAUCAUAGAAGGCUCCAUAUCUCAGGGCACACCCAUAAAAUAUGAAAGCAACUCUGGCCAGUCUGCCAUCAAACACAAUGUAAAAUCUUUAAUCACUGGACCAAGCAAGUUACCCCGUGGAAUGCCUCAGCUGGAAAUGGUGCCAGAAAACGUGAAGGUGGUGGAGCGAGGAAAAUAUGAAGAUGUGAAGACCGGGGAUGCAGUACGUUCCCGUCACACGUCAGUAGUCAGCUCUGGUCCCUCUGUUCUCAGGUCAACUCUUCAUGAAACUCCCAAAUCACAGCUGAGCCCUGGGAUUUAUGAUGAUACCAAUGCUCGGAGGACACCUGUGAACUAUCAGAGUCCAAUGUCCAGGAGUUCACCUAUGAUGAAUAGAGUUAGUGAGGCUGGAAUAGCUUCUGGGAAGCCAGCAAAUCAUGAAAGGAAAAACACGCUUACUCCGACACAGAGGGAGAGCGUGCCAGCAAAAUCUCCAGUCCCAGGCGUUGAUCCUGUAGUGACUCACAGUCCUUUUGACCCUCACCACAGAGGGGCAACUCCUGAAGUCUAUAGAAGUCACCUCCCUCCUCAUUUAGAUCCUGCUAUGCCAUUUCACAGGGCUCUGGAUCCGGCUGCUGCUGCUUACCUGUUCCAAAGGCAGCUCUCACCCACCCCAGGCUACCCAAGUCAGUAUCAGCUUUACGCAAUGGAGAAUACACGACAGACAAUCCUGAACGACUACAUUACCUCACAGCAGAUGCAAGUCAACCUACGUCCUGAUGUAACGAGAGGGUUAUCUCCUAGAGAGCAAACUUUAGCUCUCCCGUAUGCAGGAGCAAGAGGAAUUAUUGACCUGAACAAUAUGGCUCCCACUAUCUUAGUGCCUCAUCCUGGAGGAACAAGCACACCACCCAUGGAGAGAAUCACGUAUAUCCCUGGUACCCAGCUUACAUUCCCUCCCAGGCCUUACAAUCCUGCUUCUCUGUCACCAGGACACCCUACGCACCUGGCAGCUUCUGCAGCUAGGGAACGUGAGCGAGAGCGGGAAAGAGAACGAGAACGAGAGAGGGAGAGAAUAGCUUCAGUCCCUACUGAACUUUAUCUUCGACCAGGUACAGAGCAGCCUGGCAGACCUGGCAGCCAUGGAUAUGUUCGGUCCCCGUCACCUUCAGUCAGAAGCCAGGAAAACAUACUGCAGCAAAGGCCUAGUAUUUUUCAAGGAACCAAUGGGACAAGUGUAAUCACACCUUUGGAUCCUGCUGCUCAGCUACGUAUCAUGCAGCUCACCCCUGGAGCUCCCUCUAUUACUCAGGGGUUGCCAGCUUCCCGUUACAAUACUGCUGCUGAUGCCCUCGCGGCACUAGUAGACGCUGCAGCCUCUGCUCCUCAGAUGGAAGUUGCCAAAGCAAAAGAGAACAAGCACGAAGGAACCAGGAUAGAAGAGAAUAUGGGACGCCGGUCAGCUGUGGUUACUGAACAGCAGCAGAUGGAACAGAAGACACUGGACGUAGAAAAGAGGCCUGUCCAGUGCCCCUAUACAUCUGCAAAUUUUUCUGGUGGCAAGUCCCAGGGACAGUCUUCAUCAGUAGUCUAUUCGGAGGCUGGUAAAGAGAAAGGACCUCCUCCUAAAUCCAGGUACGAGGAAGAGCUGAGAACUCGAGGAAAGACCACAAUUACUGCUGCUAACUUCAUAGAUGUGAUCAUCACUCGACAGAUUGCUUCAGACAAGGAUGCACGAGAUAGGGGCUCUCAAAGUUCAGAUUCUUCCAGUAGUUUAUCCUCCCACCGGUAUGAAGCUCCUGGAGAUGCCAUUGAGGUGAUUAGCCCUGCAAAUUCACCCGUACCUACUCAAGAAAAGCUACAGCCCUAUCAACAAGAGACACCUAAACCAAGCCAGGCAGAGAGUGACCCAAACAGGCAAUAUGAGGGGCCGAUUCACCGCUAUAGGACACAACAGGAACCCCCUUCACCCCAACAACCUCCGCCUCCCUCUUCCCAAGCAGAAGGGAUGGCACAUGUGCCCAGGACCCAUCGACUCAUCACCCUUGCUGAUCACAUCUGUCAAAUUAUUACACAAGACUUUGCUAGAAACCAAGCAGCUUCUCAGGCCUCUUUGCAGCCUCCCACCACUACAUUCCAGAAUUCCACCCCUGCACCAACGCCUGUUUCUACCCGGGCAAAGACAUCGAAUCGCUACAGCCCUGAGUCACAGUCGCAGUCUGUCCACCAUCAGCGGCCAGGUGCUAGAGUGUCACCUGAAAAUCUGUCUGACAAGUCCAGGGGAAGACCUGGAAAAUCUCCAGAGAGGAGUCAUGUCUCUUCAGAGCCCUAUGAGCCAAUCUCACCACCUCAGGUCCCAGUUGUACAUGAGAAACAGGAAAAUGUUCUUUUGCUUUCCCAAAGAACUGAGCCUACUGAACAGAGGACUGACUCUCGCUCUCCAGGUAGUAUCAGCUACCUGCCUUCGUUUUUCACCAAACUUGAGAACACUUCACCAAUGGUAAAAUCCAAGAAACAGGAAAUAUUUCGAAAGCUGAACUCAUCUGGUGGAGGUGACUCUGACAUGGCAACUGCUCAGCCGGGGACUGAAAUAUUCAAUUUGCCAGCAGUCACUACCUCAGGUGCAGUCAGUUCUAGGGGUCAUUCCUUUGCAGAUCCUGCCAGUAACCUGGGUCUGGAAGACAUUAUUAGGAAAGCGUUGAUGGGAAACUUUGAUGACAAGAGUGAGGAGCAUGGAGUUGUCAUGUCGCCGUCUAUUGCGGUAGCACCCGGCGGUUCCACUGCUGCAGUAUCGGCAGCUAAUGAGCCGCGUAGGGAAGAAGCUAAUCCAUCGCCAAAUUCAGGGGGAGUCAGCAAGCAGAAGCUAAUGGGCAAGUCAAAUAGUAGGAAGUCUAAGUCUCCGAUUCCUGGACAGGGAUAUUUGGGAACCGAAAGACCUUCUUCUGUCUCAUCCGUACAUUCAGAAGGGGACUACCACAGACAGACUCCAGUGUGGGCCUGGGAAGAUAGGCCUUCAUCAACAGGUUCAACGCAGUUUCCUUACAACCCGUUGACGAUGAGGAUGCUCAGCAGUACGCCACCAACAUCCAUUGCGUGUGCCCCGCCGUCCAUGAGCCAAGCAACCACUCACCAACAGAACAGGAUAUGGGAGCGAGAGCCUGCACCGCUGCUUUCAGCACAAUAUGAGACUCUGUCUGACAGUGAUGACUGAACUAUGCAGAUUUUUUUUUUUUUUUCUAAUUUGCGGGUCAAAAAAAGAAAUCUAUUUUUGACUUGUGCCCAUAGAGACUUUCCAAGAGAGCAAGGGCCAUACAAUGAAGAAUUGAUGGAGAGUCCGUUAAAUGCCUUCUGCACAGGCCGUGUGUUGGAGGAUCGUGAUCAAGAAGGUUGACUUACUAAAGAUAAAUAUGUAAAGAGUUUUUAAAAAUGUGGACUAUUCCUGUUCUACAUCUAUUUGUAAAGAAAACCAUAAUGUCUUUAAAUCAUUCUUCUGUAAAUAGAGAGUACUUUUUGCAGUGUUUUUUCCCUUGCUAUAGUAUCUGGUGUACUUAUGUUCAAAUCAUUGCCUAAACUUUGGGGGUCAUUUUGUAAUUUUUUUUUUUUAAGCAUUUUCUCCAGUGUAGAGUACUCUUCAUAACCCUAGCCUCCCUACCAGCCUAGCCUAACCAUAACCCUAGCCUCCCAACCAGCCUAGCAUCAUUGCCCAUUUAAUGCCGUGCCACUUCUUGCGGGCAUUGUGCUUUUAUAUAAUUUUUUUUCCCUAGACACACUUUCUCAGUGGUGUUCAAGCUCUUGUGAAAAUGUUGAUUUUUAAGACUGACCCCUUAAUGAAUUCUGUACAUUAACAUAGUCCGGUUCGCUGGAAUGAGAUGAUAUAUUUCUUUG